CGGUCCGGGCUAGGACCUAUGUUACAGGUAGUUGUCUACCGAGGGGAAUGCUAUGGAUUCCACGAGAAGUGGUCCUAUUUCACCCGUUAGAUCUAGGACUAAGCUACUAGCCACCCACAGUGAACGUCAAUAACGCUCCGUCUUGCAAGCACUUACAGAUGACUGCGACAAACAUCAUAUUCCUGGACAUCAUAACUGUUCUCCCAGCGCCUUUCUCACCAAACACAUGGAAAGUCAGACUCGCGCUGAACUACAAGAAACUCGCCUAUGAAACAAGAUGGGUCGAGACAACUGAUAUCGCAUCCGUGUGCAAGGCACUCGGAAUACCACCUACGAGCACGUUACCAGAUGGGACGCCGAAAUACACACUCCCUGCAUUAGUAGAUAACAAUCCCUCCCCCCCUGCCCUCCUCUCAGACUCGACGCCCAUAAUUGAGUACUUAGAGCGCACUUACCCAGACCCCGAUUCCUCCCGCGCACUCUGCCCACCUAUCAGCCGUGCCCUUCUUGCGCUCUUCGAAUACCAUGUUGCACACUCCAUAACAGCACAGUUGCUACCCGUCAUGGUCAUGCACAUGUACGACAAGAAAACCCCACGGGAUCGCAUCCACUUCCGUAAGCGCACCGAAGCGGCGUUUGGGAAGAAACUCGAGGAUAUAGAGCUCAGGGGCAAGGAGCGCGAGGAACACUGGAAUAAAAUUGAGGGCGCGUUUGACCUCCUUGCGACUUUUAUGCAGGCCGGGGGCGGUGCAAGUGAAUUAUUCACGGGAUCGAAUUUAUCUCUGGCGGACUGUACACUGGGAGGUCUCUUGUUAGCUUUCCGCUACAUUAGCCCAGACGAAGCUUGGAUCAAGGUAUCAUCUUGGAACAAUGGGAAAUGGGUGCGUUACGUGGCUGCCUUGGAGGAAUGGACGGAUGUAGUGUAAAUAGCCGAUAUUAAAUUCUAGUCUCCCCUAUGCAUAUCACAUAGAAGGAAGACAAUUGAUCCGUUCCUUGGAUGAGUCUCUGAGUCUGACGCUCCGAGUCUAAGAGGAGAAGCCCUUACACUAGCGACACGUGUGCCGCAAUAUUAAUAUUUU